AAACAGUUGGCCACGGUGCUCGGUGGCGGGCGGACGCGUAAGAGAAAGCCAAAUGGUAAAUGCCAGAGCAGCUGAUCAUCGAUUGCAUAGAAACAAACGAGACAGCAGCAGCUGCAGCGUGUGUGUGAGUGGCAAAGCAAUACGUAGUAUACGCGAUUACUCCGUGAGCGAGAGUGAGUGAGUGAGAGGUGAGAGAGCUGUUCGCACUGCUCUACUCUGUAUGACAACUGAGUGUGGUGCGCGCUGCGAUAUCGAACUGUUUGAAAGGCAAAUGCAACAGUUGCUGCUGCUCUGAUUUGUUUUGGUUUUUGCUCUUGCUUUUGCGCUGGCAUUCGCAUUGCUGUAAUUGUGUUAUUGAUAAAUUGUAAAACUGGCACAGUGGCGCACUUAAAUACUAGAACAGGAGAGAGAGAGAGUGAAUGAGAGACCGUGAGACGGGAGGAGCUGCAGAGCAACGAAGAGACAACUAUAAAUAGACGCAAAGACUGAAAGAAAACACAAAAGCACCGGAAAGAAAGUGUGUGUACAUAAAAACUACAUACAUAUGUAUAUAGCAAAUAUAUAGAUGUUACAAAUACACAUAGAUUAAUGCUAUACAUAGACACAUCUAUACAUACAUAAUUGAUAUAAACAAUAAAUUGGCAAGAGGCCAGGAGUACAGAGGAGCAGAGCAGAUAAAGAAGGCAGGCAACUGGGAACCAUCCAUCCAAGCAUCCAUACAACAUAUAGCAAACAGGUGGAAGCAGCGCAACGACUCAGCCAAGAGCAAUGUCAAAGCAUCAUUGGCAGCCAAAGAAUUCCACCGCCACAGCCACAACCACAGCCGAAGAUCAUCACAAUGGGAGCAGUGGGGAGCCGGAAGAACCCUUCGAUCCGCUGGCCAAUCUGCUUAGUCUGCAGCUGCACAAGCCCGCCCACUGGAACUGGGAGCUGAGCACGUCGCGCAGCUGCAGCAACAUUGCACUGCCACGCAUACUGCUCUACGAUCACCAGGGAUCGCUGCUCCUCGAUGCCGACGGCAGCCGCGAGCAGACAUACCGCCCCCGGCCCAGCAGUGUGCCCGAUCCACAUCGGAGGCGGAAACGUGCGGCGACCGCAAACUUGGCGCAGAGCUUGCAACAGGCACAGCUGCCGCAUGAGUUGCACGGUCUGCGCAUUGGCGAGGCGACGCCCAGUUGCCGCUCGAGCAAGGCGAGCAGCAUGUCGAACAAGCAUUGCAUUGACUUUAGCACACACGAGCUGCCUGAUUGGCGGCCACAAGCCGCGACCAGUAGUUCCGGCUCAGUGCGUGGCAUACGCUUCGAGGAUCAGCUGGAGGCGACGGAGGUGGAUAGCAGACCUGAGCUGGCGUAUCCAACGCCACCGUCCACCUCCACAUUGACAACGCCUGGGGAAUCCUGCUCGGGCGCCUCACGUGAAAAGCGUCGCUAUCGCCGAUCGCACAGCUCCGGCCAGCGUUCGAUACUGGAGCGCUUCAGCAUGUCGCGCGGUCGCCACUCGUCGCCCGAGUACGUGCAGGAGCAGACGCUGGAGAAGGUGCCGCGCUACUUUCUGCGCACCAGCAAAGCGGGCACGCUGGUCAUCAAGGACGAGAGCUUCAGCCGUGUGCGGCAGCGUCGUCGCCGCCACAAACCGCACUCGUCCAGUGACAACCUGUUGCAGCCACAGGCCACCGCCAUCGUUACGGGGCAGAGUCCCGCGGAGAGUGUUGUCGCCGUGCCGGUCACGUCGUCGAUGCACCAGCAGCAGCGUGUUCAGCCGCAGCGCGGUCGCGAGCCGCUGCUCUCCACCUCCGAGGAUGAGGCACAGUCGUCGAGGAUGCGACCAACGGCGAGGCAAGCGCGCAGUCGACGCACUCAGCGCAAUGGCUGCAAGGACGUGGCAGCGUCAGAACUUAUCUCUGUGGAUCCCGGCAAUUGUGUAUAUCGAGCAUCGUCUGGCGCAACAGCGCGCUAGAGAAUGUGAACCUCAUAGUUAAUGAUGACGUCACUGCAAGUGUGUAUGUAUGGAUAUCUGUGAAUACAUUUGAAAGAUAUAUCUGCGCGUACUACAAUGAUUUAUUGUUGACAGUGCUUGCGGCAUCAAAAUGCCACUUCUGAAUAAACCAUUAAAUGUACUAUUAUGACUAAAACGCGAUUUUUAAUUUAAA